UAUUUAUUAUCUCAGAUAUCUGUAAUAAAAAAAAAAAAAACAACAAUUUCAAGAUGUUCUUGGUCGAGGAAUACGUGAAAGCCAGCAUGUUGCAAUACCGUGACGCAGCCGACAUUAUCGAAGAAUUCGCACAAGAGAUAUCCGAGAUGAAAGGGAAAUGCUUGGACAUCGGUUGCGGACCUGGAAAAGUUACCAAAGAACUGAUCUUACCAAAUUUGUCACCAGAGGCUAAACUAAUCGGGAUGGAUAUAUCGAAACCGAUGAUCGAAUAUGCGAAAAAGACGUAUCACGACGACGAACGCUUAUCAUUCCAACUGCUGGACAUCGAGACCAUGGACUUGCCCAAAGACACGCUCGACCAAUUUAAUAACGUGUUGUCCUUUUAUUGCCUUCACUGGUGCCACAACUUUCGGUAUUCUUACGAUUUCAUCCUCCUCUAUUUCAUUUAA